AUGCCUGCGCCCACGCCCACGCCGCCUGCCGCCGCACAGCCCGCCGCCGCACAGCCCGCGCCUGCCGCUGCCGCCGCGCCCCCUGCCGCCGCGCCCCCUUCUGCCUCCUCCCCCGCCCGCCUGGACCCGCAGGAGGCUGAGGAGUGGUGCACCAUGGAAGGCGUCAUCGAUCAGCGGGGCAGGGGGAGUGGCACGCGGUACCUGUGCCGGUUUGAGGGGUAUGGCGCGGAUGACGACAUGUGGCUGCCGGCCAGCCAGAUCACGGAGGUGGCGAUGGCAGCGUGGCGGAGUGGCGGGCAGCGGGAGUGGCGCCAGCGGGUGGCCAGCCAGCCAGCCAGUCAGCCCUUCAUUGAGCGGCAGCGGGCGCGUGGGCAGCCGUUGUAUGCCUGCUAUGUGGACUUCAAGCAGGCCUUUGAUAGGGUCCCGCGGCAUCUGCUGUGGCAGAAGCUGGAGAGCGCCGGCUUGGGAGGCUGGGCGGUGCGGGCGGUGCAGGCCCUCUAUGCGGCGGUUCCCAUGUGCAGCGGGGAGUGCGUGCCGCCAUUAUUUUACGCUGAUGACCAGGCCCUGCUGGCCACCACGCCGGCAGGCCUGCGUUUCCAGCUUGGUUACCUUGAGAGCUACUGUGCCGCCUGGGGCCUGACGGUUAACACCAAAAAGACCCAGGUGGUAGUGUACACCGCUGGCAGGGCUGCUGCCACGGAGGAGCGGUUCCGCUACGGCAAUGAGGUGGAAACCGUCCCCACCUUCAGAUACCUCGGCGUGCACCUGCACUGCCGGCAGGCCUUUGCCUCGGCGGCAUCGUAUCGGGCGGAGGCUGGGCGGCGCGCGAUGCACCUGCUGCGUCGCCGCCUGGCCGAGAAUGGGUUGCAGGACCCCCUGCUCAGCAUGCGUGCGUUCCAGUCUUACGUCCUGCCGAUGCUGUCGUACGGGGCAGAGAUCUGGGCGCCGCAGCUGAUUCUGCAGGGCAGGACGGCAUGCGAGCGGGUACAGCUGAAGUACCUGCGAGGGCUGCUGGGUGUGCGGGACAGCACCCCAGCCCUCAUUGUGCUGGCAGAGACCGGGCAGCUGCCGCUGCCCGCCUACUGGACCUUGCAGGUUGCACGCUUUGUGAGCAACCUGCAGGCUAUGGGCGGCGAGCGGGUCGCCCGUCUUGCCAUGCUGGAUAGCGUUGCGCUGGCUGCCGACACGGACACGGGGCUGCCACUGGCCCGGCAGCCCUGGGCAGCGCAGGUUAGCCGCGUUCUCGCGGCUGCCGGCGCCCCCUGCGACUUGACUGCUGACGAGGGGGUUGCCAUACCUGAAUUGACGGAAGCGCUACUGGAGCGCCAUGUUGCCUCGUACACGCACGCAUCCGUGAAGGUGCAGCGGUACAUUGAGGACGUGUGGGGGGGCAGCAUCUCUGCGGAGGCCUACGCGCCUGCGUCGUUCCUGCGCGAUGUGCCCGAGCGCCGGCGCCGGGUGCGCCUGGCGCAGUGGCGCACGGGGUCGCACUGGAUGGCUGAGGAGACAGGCCGGUGGCAGCGGCUGGACCGCACCCAGCGCCCAUGCCCCCACUGCCAGGCCCCUCUAGAGGACGUACGCCACGCAGUGUAUGACUGCCCACUAUACGCCGGGCUGAGGGAGGAGUAUGCUGAGCUCUUCCACAGUCCCGGCCACGCCUUGCCCUCCUUGGACACCUUCCUCGGCCAGGCUAGGCAGGGCCGGCUGGCCCGGUUUGCUGACCGGUGCCAUGAGGAGCACGCUGCUGCCCUGGCACAGUGA